UGGAGUUGGCCUAACCACCUCUGCUCUAUGACUUCCUUCCCCCGGGUUACUCAAGAACAGCUCAACCUGGGAGGUCCGUCCGCUCGUGACGGUUCGUGCCGUUUCUGGCGACUCCGGUUGACUCGACAGCGACUCAUGUUUCGGCGAUUUGCCGACCAAAUCCCACUCAAAAUCCUUCGUUUUCUUCACUCCCGUGUCUGAUUUCCUCUAGUUCCUGCUAGCUAGUGAGAUCCCUAGACCAAUUUCUCCAGCAUCGAGCCCCUUCCUAUAGGUGCUGCUCAUACUCUGUUUUUACAAGAUCCAGAAUAAGUGAGACAGCGAUUUCAAUCCCGGGUGAAUCCCCAACCUGAAUCCUUUCGCGUCUGCUAGGGUGCGCGAUUGUGAAAUACCAGUCAAUCCUAGUCCCGUGCGUGCGGUGGUGAACUUAGAGGCAGCUGCCGUGAGGCUUCACCCCGAAGCGAGCUAUUAGUAGACACCUCACCGUGGGAGAUAGGAGAACUCUUUCCCUGGCCAGCAUGGAGGGGAUGCUGAAUGAUUUGAAGUUGUCAGAGGCAGAAAAGAAAAGUGUCAAAAUUGGAAGAAGGCAGAUCUGCUCCUCAACUGUAAGCAAACUACAGACUAUAGGUAAUAUUUUCUCAGAGAGGCCAGCGAAAGAAGAGUUUGUGGGAAGAACAUUAGGAAAUUUGUGGUGCCCUUUUGCUGAACUUGAUUGCAAAGAUCUUGGUAGAAAUCGUUUUCUGUUUACCUUUCCUGAUGAGACUAGCAAGAAGAAAGCUUUGGAUGGUGGACCGUGGAGGUUUAAUAAAGAUUUGAUAGUGAUGGAAAAAUUUGUGGCCAGUAAAACAAUAGAUGAAUAUGAGUUUAAAUGGAUCCCUAUAUGGGUCAGAGCUUAUGGCAUCCCCACGGGGAUGAUGAGUUCAGAAACGGGAGAUUUAGUCGGAGAGAGAAUAGGAGAAGUACUUGAUAUUGAUGUGGAUUGGGACGGAACAGCGAUGGGCCAGUUUAUGAGAAUCAAAGUACGAAUGGAUAUUACAAUGCCAAUAACAAGAUUCAUCACUUUGGAAAUUGAAUAUGACGAGGAAGAACAGGAGGCCAUGUGUGAGGAGUUGAUGAGUAAUGCAGAGAACAGAGAGAAGAAAAAGUGGAGAAGGUUGUUGAUUUCAAAUAUGAGUAUCUGCCUGAUUUUUGCUAUUGUUGCGGCAUCAUUGGGCACACAGAAAAAUCAUGCCUAUCUAGAGCCAGAAGAGAGGGAGCUAGACAGUAUGGGCCGGAUCUGCGGCCAAUUAUCUAUAAAGGAGGCUCUAGUGAAGAGAGGAGUAGAAGCUCAAGUGAUAAGGAAAAUUUCUGGUUAACAAAUGUUGCUGGAAACCGGGGUGGUAAGCAUGGAAGUGACAGUCCAUCAUGGAGAAAGAACACUCAAUGGGGCAAGGAGGAAGAUGGAGCAAGGAAAGAGGAGGAGAAAGCAGUUGAGUGCCCUUCGAAGUUUAGUCAGGAUGACCAAACGGGGUCCAAAGAAAGCGAGAAACUGAUUUUUGAGGAUAAAUCAAAAACUCUAGAUUUGUUUGAAGGAAUAGAAAACACUGAUCAUGUACCCAAGUCAGAAUCUGGUCGGGAGUCAGGUCAGAGGGGGUAGGAGAAGAAAAUUUGAUACACGAUGGAACAAUACAAGUAGACAAGGUGAAGUCCCAAACUUUAACAUCCACAACAGUAGGACAAGUAAUUUUGGAUAGGAAAACCAUGAAAGGAGGGAAACGUCAAAGUCAGGGUACUUUCAAGCGAUAUGAAAGAUCUAAUGGAAAUAAAGGUCAGGGUCAAUCUUUCAAAACAGAGUUGAAGAAAAGAAAUGUCGACCUGAUGGAAUUAGACUUGGAGGCUCAGAUUAUGAAGAAAGCAAGAAUGGAUGUGGACGAAGUGUUUGCGGCUAUAGAGAAAGAGGAAAUAAACAACCCUGAGAAGAAGAACGCUGGGCUGGAGGGACAGCCCGGCGAACCAAAAUGAGGAUCACAACCUGGAACUGUCGGGGUUUGGGGAAUGGCCCGGCAGUACGUGGGCUUCUGGACCUCCAGAAGCGGGUGGACCCCGAUAUCCUCUUCUUAUCCGAGACAAAACUGGAUGAGAGAAGGACGCAGUGGCUCAAGUACUUGUUGGGAAUGUCAAAUAUGGUGGUCAAGGAUUGUAAAGGAAAGAGCGGAGGACUUGCUUUAUUAUGGAAGAGGCAUGUGCAUGUUGAAUUGCGUAAUUAUUCGAGAUAUCAUAUUGAUGUAAAGAUAGUGGAGCAAGAUGGUUUUACAUGGAGAUUUACGGGCAUAUAUGGUGAGCCUGCGACUGAUAAAAGGGAUAAAACAUGGGACCUUCUGAGGAUCCUCGAUCAACAAAUUAAGCUUCCAUGGUUGUGUGCUGGUGACUUCAAUGAAGUUUUAUAUUGCCAUGAAAAGAAAGGUGGAUCAGCUCGGGCUACUCGGCAAAUGGAGACUUUCAAGAUAACUUUGGCAGAUUGUGGCUUGCGUGACCUGGGAUACAUGGGUGAAAAAUACACUUGGAGAAACCAUAGUCAUGAAGCUAGUAAAUAUAUAAAAGAAAGACUUGACAGAGUCGUGGGGACCCGAACUUGGUGCAACAGGUUUCCUUCAUAUAAGGUAAUAAUUGGGGAUCCUAGACACUCGGACCAUCGGCCAAUGACCAUUUAUGUAGAGGGCACGGAUAAAGCCAUGAGAAAGCAUGGAGGCCACUGUGGCUAUUAGAUUUGAGGCGAAGUGGCUACAAGAAGAAGGAUGUGAGGAGGUUAUUAGCAAUGCAUGGUCUACUGCAGAGAUAAGGGGCGAAAACAAUUUAUCACAGAAACUAAGGAGAGUGGUAGAAGACCUGAGGCAUUGGGACACUAAUGUCCUAGGUGAUUUGCAGAAAAGGAUCAAGGCACUAAAAGUUGAGCUAGAACAGGUGAGGAGGGCACCCAUUAGCCAUUAUACAGUAGCUCGAGAACACUUUGUGCGGGAAAAAUUGGAUAGAUUAGAACUAUAGCAGGACAUGUUUUGGAGGCAGAGAGCACAUGUUAAAUGGCUCCAAGCUGGAGGCAAAAACACUGCUUUUUUCCAUGCUUGUGCUUCAAAAAGAAAGAAGAAAAACACAAUUGGGAGACUAAAAAGGAAGAUGGAGCGUGGGUAGAGGGUGAAGAUCGCUUAAAAGAGCAUGUUGCAAGCUAUUUUUCUAAUCUGUCCACCUCUACAGUUGGGCCAAGAACUGAUGAAAUAUUGCAGACAGUUUCACCGAGGGUAAAUGCACAAAUGAAUAAAAGCCUUUGUGCUCAAUACACAGAGGAGGAAGUUAAGGAGGCUUUGUUCAAUAUUGGAGAUCUCACAGCACCUGGGCCUGAUGGUAUGUCUGCGGUUUUCUUCAAAAGGUUCUGGCAUCUAGUGGGAAACACAGUCACAGAGGAGAUCUUGAAAUUCCUUCGAGGAGGCCAGAUGCCAGAAGGAUGGAAUGAUACCAUGAUCGUCUUAAUCCCAAAAACAGCAAAUCCACAAAGCAUGAAGGACCUAAGACCGACCAGCCUCUGCAACGUCAUCUACAAGACAAAAAGAAGUGGUAAAACAGGAUACGCGGCGAUAAAGCUAGACAUGAGUAAAGCCUACGAUCGAGUUGAAUGGAAUUCAAGCUGGGAUUUGAAAGAGAAUGGGUCAACCUAGUGAAGAAGUGCGUGUCAACAGUUAAAUACCAAGUCAAGGUCAACAAAGAUGCAACUGAGGUAAUCAUCCCCCAAAGAGGAUUACACCAGGGUGAUCCACUCUCACCGUAUUUAUUUCUACUAUGCGCAGAAGGUUUUUCUGCCUUGUUAUAUGAUGCUGAAAGAAAUGGUAGCUUGAAGGGAAUCAAAUUAUGUAGAGAAGCGCCAAGUGUGAGCCACUUGCUCUUUGCAGCUCCUUGAAGCAAAUGAAAAGAAUGCCCAAGCAGUUAAUGAUAUACUGGAGAAGUAUGAAGUUUGCUCUGGCCAAGUAAUAAACAAGGAUAAGUCAGCCAUCCUAUUCAGUAAGAACACCAACCAAAGGCAGAAAAGAGAGAUGAUGGAUAUAAUGGGCAUUACAGAGGAAGGCUUGAAAGGAAGAUAUCUUGGGCUGCCAGCAUAUGUUGGAAAAUCAAAGUCCAAAACCUUUCAGUAUAUUAAAGAAAAAGUGUGGGGAAAGAUACAGGGUUGGAAAGAGAAACUUCUAUCAAAAGCAGGGAAAGAAAUCCUAAUUAAAGUAGCAGCCCAAGCAAUGCCAGUAUACACUAUGACCUGUUUUGAUCUAACAAAAAAUCUUUGUGAUGAGCUUAGCUCCAUGAUAUGCAAAUUCUGGUGGAGCCAGAUGGAUAAAGUUAACAAAAUACACUGGACAUGUUGGGAGAAGCUUUCUAAACCGAAGAGAGUGGGUGGACUAGGAUUUAGGGACCUUCAUGCUUUCAAUAUGGUCAUGCUUGCUAAACAAGGAUGGCGCCUACUUCAGAACCCGUCAUCAUUGUGUGCCCAAAUACUGCAAGCUAAAUAUCACCCAGGAAGCAGCAUACUUGAAGCUAUGCCAAGGAAGGGAAUUUCGUAUGCAUGGCACAGUAUUUUGAAAGGAGUGCAACUUCUGAAAAAGGCAUAAUUUGAAGAGUUGGGAAUGGACGAAACAUCAAAAUCUGGACAGACCCGUGGCUCCCAAGAGGAAUUACUAGAAGAGUUACUUCAUUACGUGGGAGACAAGUGAUUUCUAAGGUUGCUGACCUUAUAGACCCAGUGACAAACUGUUGGGAUGUCAGCCUUGUGCGCCAAACCUUCAAUGCAGAAGAUUCUGAGAUAAUCUUGCAGAUCCCCAUUUAUGAUCGUACACCUGACUCGAUUGCGUGGCAUUUUGACAAAAAAAGGAAUCUUCUUGGUGAAGUCAGCCUACAAGGUAGCAGUGGAUAGCAUAGAACGUGAUUCAACACAUGGCCAACCAUCUAGUUCAAGAAGCGAUGGAGAGGCAAUUGAUUUUGAAUGGAAGAAACUAUGGGCGUUACCUCUCCCAAAUAAAGUCCUCCAUUUUCUUUGGCGUAUAGCAACAUAUAGCUUACCAUUAAGAAUGAAGCUGAAGAAUAUAGGCAUGGAAAUAGAUAGUAGAUGCCCAGUGUGCCUUAGAUAUGAUGAGGAUGGUGGUCGCUGUUUUCUUAAAUGCAAAAUGGUGAGACGGCUGUGGAGCUUGGCACAAAUGGAUAAUAUUCGAAAUAGGCUAAUGUUAUGCAACGAUCCUCUUAGCUUAUUCAAUGAGUUGUUUCGCCUGACAGAAGAGGAGAGCAUAAAGGUGUGUGUCAUGUUUUGGUUAUGGUGGCACGAAAGGAAUAAGGCCAAUGUAGGAGACACGAUGAAAACGCCAGAUGAAAUUCUAGCUUCUAUUAACUAUCAUGUUAAUAAUUUCAGGAAUCUUAAGAAGCAGAGGAGCACCCAGAAGCAGACUUCCACGGCAAAAUGGUCUCCCCUGGCAAACGAAUUCCUGAAAGUAAACUCCAAUGGGGCGUUUAAGGAAGCAUCAAAAUCUGGUGGCUGGGGUUUUACUUUGAGGAAUAGUAAUGGUAUGCUUUUGGCUGCAGGAGCAGGAAAGCUGGAAUAUGUAUCAAGUGCCCUCCAUGCUGAAGCUUUAGCCAUGGUGUAUGCAAUCAAUGCAACGUCAAGCAUGGGAGCCAAUCGUGUAAUUUUCGAAAUGGACUCGAUGGAGUUGAAGCAGGCUAUAACAAGUCAGGAGUAUGAUAGAUCAGCUCUAGGUUCUUUGUUUCAGGAGAUUAAAUUCCAACUUAAUGUAGCUUUUGAUUAUGUUAAGCUGAAUGUAUGUCCUAGAGCAUGUAAUAAUGCAGCACACACUAUAGCUGCAUAUGGUCAUGGUCUAGGGAGUGGCGUAUGUGAGACAUGGUUAGGCCACUUCCCUGAGUUUGUACUGAACUCUGUUGCUGGCGGUUUAGCCAGUUUGUCAUCGUAAGGAAUACUAGUCUGUUCUUUUCAAAAAAAAAAAAGAACAGCUCAACCUGUCC